AUGUUACAUUACGUUCAAAUUCUCUGGGGCCUUGUUAUGGCUUUCUUCUUAAUCAUGAGGAAAGCCGUGCAGGAGCCCGCCCAAAAGCAGCUUGCGGCAGGUGAUGGGCCGCCCCCGACCAAAUCGCCGCCGAACAUCAUGGCCCCAAAAGGUGAAGCCGAAGUCACCGCAGCCAGUGUAUCAGAGGAUUCAGAUGAGGAUGAUCAAGAGAUAUCACCUCAUCUGGAGGUUACCCAGCGCCACCGACUCCAGAAUGCUCAAUUUGAAGCCCUGCUCACAAAACAUGCCACAACUGAACCUAGCCAGACGGCGGGAGCCCCUCUACCCACAGUCCCUGAUUCUGAACUUUCAACAGCUCGUCUGAUUGCUAAGAAGGACAUUGGGGCAGGUGCUUUGGACCCCCGUGAGUACCAGAUCGAGUUGUUUGAGAGGGCAAAAGCCCGCAACACAAUCGCGGUACUUGAUACAGGCUCGGGGAAAACCUUGAUAGCAGUGCUUCUGCUGAAGCAUGUCAUCAAGACGGAGCUGGUGGACCGAGCAAAUGGCAAGGCUCACCGAGUUUCCUUUUUCUUGGUGGACAGCGUCACCCUCGUGUUCCAGCAGGCGGCAGUCUUGCGCAACAAUAUCGACCAAAAUGUCGCCCACUUCUUCGGCGCCAUGGGGACUGACCUCUGGGAUAAGCAGACCUGGGACGAGCACCUCAGCAAGAACAUGGUGAUUGUGUGCACAGCAGAGAUCCUGAACCAGUGUUUAUUGAAUGCAUUCGUGCGGAUGGAUCAGAUCAAUCUGUUGAUCUUCGAUGAGGCCCACCACACCAAGAAGGACCAUCCCUAUGCAUGCAUUGUUCGAGAAUCGUACCUGUGGACACAACAGUCAAAACGGCCGAGGAUCUUUGGGAUGACAGCCUCCCCAAUUGAUGCCAAGAGAGAUAUCGUGGAGGCGGCAACGCAACUAGAAAGGCACCUGGACAGUCAGAUUGCAACAACAUCGAAGCUAGACGCCUUGCGACAGAUUGUGAGGAAACCAACCGAGGAAACAUGGAUCUACAAGAAACUCAGCCAUCCCUCGCCAACAGCACUAUAUGAUAGCCUUUUGGCCAAAUUUGGGGACAUCAGAGCCCUUGAGCCUGUCUUUCGAUUUUCUUUGUAUGCCAGCUCGGAACUCGGAAAAUGGUGUGCAGACCAAGUCUGGGUUUACGCGUUGAGCGAUGAUGUACUCCCCAAACUCGAGGGUGCCAUGUGCAAAGAAUCCAAUUGUCGUCUUCAAGCCGCCAACGCCUCUGCCAACGAAAUCACUCGGAUCAAAGAGGCCGGGGAGGAGAUCAAGGCUCAUGUUUUCAACGAUCCUCUUGCCCCAGGUCAGUUGAGUCCAAGGGUGGAAGUUCUCCUUGAGAACUUGAGAAAGCACUUUGGUGGCUCAAAGGAAACCAAAUGCAUUGUUUUUGCCGAGCGGCGCAAUACGGCAAAGCUUCUGCAGAAGUUGUGCGAGACUCUGCGAGUUCCCGGUCUUCGCCCAGGCGUGCUCGUCGGGGUUAAAAACCACGAUGCCAUGGGAUCAAACAUUUCACUCCGUCACCAAUUCCUUUCCCUGGUCAAGUUUCGCCAGGGUGAAAUCAAUUGCCUGUUUGCAACAUCGGUCGCCGAAGAAGGCCUCGACAUCCCUAAUUGCAAUCUCGUAGUGAGGUUCAAUCUUUGCGACACGCUCAUUCAAUACGUGCAGAGUCGAGGACGUGCAAGACAUGUCGACUCCGUAUACGCGAGCAUGGUCGAAUUUGGCAACGAGGACCAUCAAGCACGAUUGCAGGAUGUUUGGCGAGAUGAGAACCUCAUGCAAAAGUUCUGCAAGGCCCUACCUGAAGAUCGGCUGCUCCACGGCAACGAUGAGGACCUCGACGCAAGUCUUCGGAAGGGAGAGGGAGAAGGAGCCAGGAUCUACACGAUCCCAUCUAGCGGAGCAAAGUUGACCUAUCGUCAUGCGGUUGAUGUCCUCCACCGCUAUGCUCAUUCACUCCGAUACGAAAACGAUGUCUCGGCUCAAGUCAGCUACUUCGUCAUCGCGGCGGGCGACAAAUUCACCUACGAGAUCAUUCUACCGGAAAAGUCGCCUAUCCGAGGCGUGAUCGGAGGUCCAGCAUCGAGGAAAUGCGUCGCGAAACAGUCUGCUGCAUUUGACGCUUGUCUUUUGCUUCGAAAGAACGGAUUGUUGGACGAGCAUUUUAGAUCCAUUUACCACAAAAGGCUGCCUGCAAUGCGCAAUGCCAAGCUGGCAAUUACAUCCAAGAAGUCGAAUCAAUACAAAAUGCGAUGCAAGCCAUCAAUCUGGGCUCGAGGGCAAGGCGUUAUCCCAUCUCUGCUUUACGUGACAAUCAUCACUUUUGCCCCAGCAGAACCUCUCCCACGAGAGCAUGGGAAGAUAGCACUGCUGACCCGAGAAAGACUUCCAGAAUUCCCAACAUUCCCAGUCUAUCUGGAAAGGGACAUCGAGACUGACAUCGAGACCAUGUGCAUCGACAAGGAAUUGCCAGUAGCAGUUCGGGAAUUGGACAGCUUGACAACAUUCACGGUUUCUGUUCUCAACCAUGUGUUCCACAAGACUUAUGAGCGGGAGCCCGAGAAGUUUCCCUAUUGGAUUGCCCCAGUUCGGGAAGAUGUCGAGGCCGCCAAAUCGUCUAGUCCAGACAGCAUGAUUGACUGGGACUCGCUGCACCGUGUCCAUCAAAACCCUGAACAAAAAUGGUCUGCGGAUAUGAAUCCACAGUCUCUACUCAGUCGGUUCAUGUAUGACGACUGGUCUGGGAAAUACCGCUAUUUCCCGGUUGCCAUCGACUACAAUCUGCGUGCCUCAGACCCUCCUCCAUCUGAUGUAGCGCCUCGCAAGAACAUGCAGGACAUCUUGAAUUAUACCUUGAGUCUUUCCAAAAAUUCCCGGGAAAAGUUCUUGGAACGGUACGAAAAGGAUCAGCCGGUCUUGCGGGCAGAGCAGAUUUGUCUUCGAAGGAACUUCCUCGACAAGGCGGUUGAUGAAGAACACUCAAAGCACGCGAAAUGUGUCAUCUGCCCUCAGCCCCUGACGCUCUCGUCUAUCCCUCUGCCGACAGUCGCAUCGUGCUUGGCCUUUCCGGCCAUCAUCAGCAGAUUGGAGUCGUAUUUGAUCAUUUUAGAAGGCUGCGAGCUUUUGGGUCUUGAUAUCAAGCCUGAAUAUGCACUGGAGGCCUUCACCAAAGACACCGACAGUUCCGAAGAACACAGAUCCUUGCAAAUUCACGUCCAGCGAGGCAUGGGGAAGAACUACGAGCGCUUUGAAUUCUUAGGCGACAGCUUCCUGAAGAUGGCCACAUCGAUCGCCCUUUUCUCCCAAAGGCCUAAUGAUGACGAGUAUGACUUUCACGUCAGUCGGAUGUGUCUCAUCUGCAACAAGAACUUGUUCAAUGCUGCGACUAAGCUGGGUGUAUAUGAAUACAUUCGCAGUCGCGGCUUCUCGCGAAACACAUGGUUUCCUCCGGGACUUCAGCUCCUCCGUGGCCGAAAUCCUGCAAGAUACUUCAUUAGUGAGAGCAAGCACGCCCUUGCCGAAAAGACUAUUGCCGAUGUCUGUGAGGCAUUGAUCGGAGCAUCCAUCUUUUCAACCGGCAGUGGGCACCGUUUCGAUAUGGCUGUCAAGGCAGUCACUAUUUUUGUGGACCAUGAAGACCAUACUGCAACCUCGUGGAAGGACUACCGCUCAGCCUAUUCACUUCCGCAAUACCAGACCGAAGCGGCCGAUGGCGCCGAAGCAGACCUCGCACAGAAAAUCUUUGAAAAAUUGGGUUAUCGCUUCCGGUAUCCCCGUCUCCUGCGAUCUGCUUUCACUCACCCUUCUUAUCCUGCGGCAUGGGCCAAGGUACCCUGCUAUCAACGACUGGAGUUCUUGGGGGAUGCGCUGCUGGAAAUGGUGUGCGUUGAAGAUUUGUUUCACCGGUUCCCCGACAAAGAUCCCCAGUGGCUCACUGAACACAAGAUGGCAAUGGUGUCCAACAAGUUCCUUGGAGCACUGGCUGUGAAGUUAGGAUUCCAUACACACUUACAGCAUUUCAGCAACCCCAUCCAGUCACAGAUCACCCACUGUGCUGAAGAUAUACAACUCGCCGAGGCCGAAAGCGACGGGGCAAUGGACUAUUGGCUUGCCACCAAGGACUCCCCAAAGUGUCUUCCUGACAUGCUUGAGGCCUAUCUUGCCGCCAUCUUUGUGGACUCGGACUUUGAUUUCACGGUGAUCCAGGCUUUCUUCGACGCACACAUCAAGCCGUACUUCCACGACAUGUCAAUUUACGAUACGUUUGCCAACCGGCAUCCGACAACAUAUCUCCACUCGCGGCUGACCAAUCUCUACGGAUGCACCAACUUCUGUGUCAAGUCCGGCGAGAUACCGACGGCAGACGGAGAGCCUGUUAGCGUUCUCGCCGCUGUGAUGGUGCACGGUGAGUCCAUUGCCCAGGCCGUGGCAUCGUCUAGUCGAUAUGCCAAAGUCAAGGCCAGUGAGAAGGCGUUGUGGGUCAUUGACGGGCUGCUGCGGUUGGAGUUCCGCGCAAAAUACCAUUGUGACUGCAAGGAGACGGAAGAGGAUCUGGAGAUUGGGACGGCGGUUUGA